AUGGACGUCUUUGACUGGCCAGCUGAUGCUGCGGAAAAGAUCGGCACGAACUACCACCUCCAGGCCAACGAUCAACACUACGACGAGCUGGUGGCCGAUGAAUUCCUCGCUAAUGCCUUGCUCCAUCUUACUCGUAUGAUCAGGCAGAAAACAAGCGUUCAGGCAGCCUGGAAAGUUGGCCCGUCGGACUGGCAGCUGAAAACGGUUUCGUUGUUGCCUGCACAUAGGCUGGUGACAGAAGGUUUGAAGCAGGGCCGCACCCGCGGAACUCUCACUUCGCCGUGGUUCUCGCUCCCGUUGAUGGUCGCAGAUCCGUACAAUCCAGAAGAGAUUGACUACGCCCAUUUUGAGCUUCCCUCAGGCGAAGCGUUACGUUCCUUCGAUCUCAUUCGUUUCGACAAGUUCAAGACGGCGACUACGAAUGGAUUCUGGCUGCCGACCGGCAUUGUUCGACCAUUUACCGCCCCGGGUCGGCCUGAAUCUCUUCGCUUCAAGAUGGUGAACGAGUUUCCCACAUCGGCGGCAAGGUAUCGAAAGAGAUACAAGCACGACCCAGCGGGAGCGACAGCUUCCCUUCAGCAAGCUCUGCAAGCGAAGAGGCCGAUCUGGCUUUCCAAACUCGUCUUAGGUGACCGCGAAACUAUCGCUGCGAUGUGGCAACGUGCAGUUCAUGAUCCUUCAGCCCUCAUCGAGUCGCCUUUCUUCACUCGUGAGGAAAGGCAAGCCUGGAAGAAUGAAAAAUCCGAAGCUCCAGAUGAAGGCAAAUUGUCGGCUUCAACGUCACAGCCGAGGCCGGACACUAUCCACAUCAGCUCUUCGAGCGAAAAGGAACGUGAGGUCGAAGCCUCUCCGGAGCCUGUCAACCCUUCCGACAAGCAGCCCAUGACUGUUCAUCCCCUGAGUCAGGUUGAUCGACUCGAUCCUCCUUCCGGGGGUAACGACGAAUCAGACAGGUACCACAAAUCUCUAGAGGAUCGGCUCAAAAUCGUGUCUUACAACGGUAUGCAGCCACAGAAUGAGGGCUUUUCACAGUGGCCUCCGAUGCCACUUCACGACAGAAUCGCAUCGCUGUACGACAGAAAGCAGCCUGCACCACAUCUCGGGUAUCACAGCAACUUUGUCAACCCUCCGAUGACACUGUACGAACGGACGCAGCUUUCGUCCGCCCCGAGUUAUGCAAAACAAGACGUGGACGGAGCAUCGACAAGAGGAGCUGAGUCUGCUGUCUAUACACCAUCGGGGUCUACGUACCACCCAGGACCGCUGACAGAACACGAUUUUUUGAAUCAACACGGAGGAGUCGUUCCAGUAUCACCUGUACGACCCCGACCGCGCUAUCCGUGGGAGAUCUAUCGAGGGAAUACACCCCAAGAUGCUCAGGUGGAUCCCAGUCUGCCGUAUCUUCAGUCGUUGUAUAAGGAGAAAGGCAUCGAUCUCUCACUGUCGCUAUCUCAUCAACAGCCAGGCGAGCAAAGAAACCCAAAGUCUGCUUGA